CGGUUACCGCCUGUCAAGUUUUCCCUUCUGUCUGGUCUGGCUCAUCAAGCUUUAGCCAGUUUCACAUGUUUGUUGGUAGAGUGUAGAGCUUUCGGGAGCUUACGUUACGUUAUUAAUCGUUUUACUACGGUUUCUCGGUUUUAUUACGUACAAACUUUACACGAAAUGUGAACUAAACUCAAACUUAUUCGUAUUUAUUUGUGAACUCGUGAUAGUGAUUGUUUAUUUACCGGUCUCAUAAUGCCUGGCUUUAACUUGAUUUUUUUUCUUCUCGUGUUGGUUCACGUGGUUAUCGGCAAGGAAGAUCCAUAUUUCAGUGAAAGCCCGAGGAAUGUGGACGUUGUGCAAGGAAAAUCCGUGACAUUACCUUGUAAAGUGACACCGGGAAUAGGGAUGACGUACUACUGGGAACUAAACGGUUCUAAAAUAGCCAACACAACGCGUCGGCACCAGCAGGGCUCCAACCUUCAUAUAACUCGAGUGGACCGCGAACGCGACUCGGGUCAGUUCACCUGCAUUGCUGAAGACUCGACCUCAUCAUUAGCCGGCUCCAUCCGAAGUUCAGAAGCCUCGCUCAACAUUCAAUGGAUUGACGAAGUGUCCGUGCAGCUCCAGGAGCCAGAAUCGGCUUCGUUCAUAUCGCGUGGGAGCGAUGUCACUCUCAGGUGUCACACGGACGCUUCCGGGGACGUCCAUUACGAGUGGUUUAGGAAUUCAGACCGACUCCUCAAAUCCGACAAAAUUGAAAUCAAAAAGAAAAGACUGCACAUUAAAAAUGUAGGACCUUCGGACAAUGGCGUCUACAGAUGUUUGGCUAAUAACACAGCAGGGGCCAGAUACAGCACUACAAAUUUUGCCCUAGCUGUUGCAGGUGAGGAAACUGCGCUAAUCCAGGUGGUGCCAAGGGACCAGUUGGUACCGCAAGGAGGUACCGCGUAUUUUGACUGCCAGUACCAACAAGCUGAAGUGACCGAAUGGUACUUCAAGAAGGACACAAGGCCACUGGAGAAUGGCAAAAAAUUUGUGAUACACUCAAAUGGUACUCUCCAAAUUAACGAUGUUCAAGGAAAAGACCAAGGGUUUUACAGUUGUGUUGGAAUUCGAAGCGAGUCCACUGAAAUACCUCAAAGCUACAUAGCCGAAUUAAAACUAGCCUACUUGAGCGAAUUCACCGUCAAUUCUUUCGAACCCCCCCUUUCGGAAAACUCAAACCAGGUCGUGGCCCCUGAAGGAGGGCUGUUUCAACUGACUUGCCUCGAACCUGACAGUUUACCCCCGGCGAAAAAAUGGUGGCUCAACACCGGGGGUCACACUGUGUCAGAUUCCGGGGAAGUCCGGGUUGAUGACGGCAGAUUAAUAAUAGAAAAAGUGCGAAUGGACCAUGCGGGGAAUUACACAUGUGUCGCCGAAAACAUGGCUGGGAAAACCGAGAAAAUUAUCGAACUGGUCGUUUUGAACAAACCUGUAGUAACUGCACAACCCCUCAGUGUCACAGUUGACGAAAACGAACCCUCGAUGUUAACUUGUGACUACGAGCCCAAAAACCACUUCACGAUUGUUAAGUGGCGGAAGGAUGGGAAGAGUUUACGACACGAUUUUGGGGAAAAUUCGCUCGAUCGGCAACGAAUUAAAAUUUUUAAACACAACGCUUCUUUAGUGAUUCGAGAGACUGAAAGUCACGACAGGGGCGAGUAUGUGUGUGAGGUGUUGGCUAAGGGUUUUGAACCUGUCUUAUCCGAACCUGCCACUAUUUCUGUGAUCGAAAAAUUGAAGUUUGUGCCGCCGCCAGUUAACAAAAAACUGGAGCUUGGCAGUGUAGCGAAAGUUCACUGUAAGGCGCAAGGAACACCACCUCCGAUUAUCACGUGGGAGAAACUCGGGGAAAGUUUCGACAAUUCGCGGAUUAUUAGCAUGAAUGGGACGCUUGUCUUUAACGGAGUUUUGAACGAAGAUAAAGGCAAGUACACCUGUGUUGCCACCAACAGUCAAGGAGUUAUCAACGUGACGAUAAACAUCGAUGUUGUUGUGGCGCCAAAAUUUAGCGUGGAACCGAAAAACCCAACCGAAGUCACCGAAGGACAGUCGGUGACGAUUGACUGUGUCGUGGAAGGCGACCCCAAACCGACCAUUCAUUGGGACAAGAAUUUAAAAAUGAAUGAUUUUGAUCACUCGAGGUUUACUGUUUUGGAGAAUGGGACUUUGUUCAUAAGUGAAGUGCACCGAGAGGAUGAAAAUAAGUACGGUUGCACUGCUGGAAAUAGCGCUGGUUUGAAUCGACAAGAAGUACAACUGAUUGUUCAUUCACGUGAUGGCUACCACCCUGAUGGAGAUUCCACCGUAACCAAAGCGGUGCUAAUUACGAUGUCGGUAGCUGGGGCUUAUAUUGUUCUAGUUAUUGGGCUCAUGGUAUGGUGCAGGUACCGAAGAAGGUCCAGAAAAUUACCAGUUACUGAUGCUGCGAAAACUGAAAAUGGUGAAGUGGACCACACUGAACUGAAAGACGGAGCCAACGGCCACUGUUCAGGCACCUCCAAAGUCGCAACCAACGGACUCGAAGCUUUAAAAGAAGGCCAAAAGAGUGACGGUGCCGAAACCACUCAUUCCCAAAGCUCAAAUCAAUCGAAAAAGUCCAAAUCAAACUACGACAAACUCGCGUUAUCCCGAACACACUUAAAAGAAAUGAAACUAAUCGGCCGAGGAGAAUUCGGCGAAGUCAUGGUGGCCAAAAUUUCCAAAAGUGCCCUCUUGUCCGAAAAACGCAACUCUCAAGCAACCACCCCACCAAUCGAAGACAAGGAACUGCCAGUCCUAGUGAAAGCUCUGAGCCACACCAAGGACGAAAACUCGCUAUCAGAGUUCAAGCGCGAAAUUGACAUGUUUUUGAAACUAUCCCACGAAAACAUCACAAAGAUUUACGGACUGUGUCGUGAGGCCGAGCCCCACUACAUGAUCCUCGAACACACCGAUUGGGGCGAUUUGAAGCAGUUUUUGGUGGCGACCCAGAAAGGCUCGCCGCCGCCACUGACCCCAGUGCAGUGCGUGGCAAUAGUACACCAGCUGUGUCAAGGUUUGGACCAUUUGGCCACUUCUCGCCUGAUCCAUAGGGAUUUAGCGGCAAGAAAUUGUCUAGUCACUUCCACGUUAAAAGCCAAAGUUGGUCUUCCGCGACUUACGAGGGAUCCCUACAGUCAGGAAUACUGCAAACAUGUGAACCACAUAAUUCCGCUGCGGUGGUUGCCCUACGAGGCUGUUUAUGAGGACGAGUACUCGACAAAGAGCGACGUGUACUCGUUUGCCGUCGUCAUUUGGGAGAUUUUCAACCAGGGCGAGCUGCCUUUCCCCAAAAUGAACGACACGAGUUUCCUAAAUAAGCUCAAAGAGAAGAAACUCGAGUGGAAGCCGCACUCGUCCACGCCUGAAUCUUUACAAAAGUUACAGGCGUCCUGUUGGGACAGUAAUCCGCAAAACAGGCCGACGUUCUCCGAAUUAGCGAAAGAAAUCGAAGAGGUACUUAAGUCUAUGUAAAUACGAUAAUUUAUUAAAGAGUCAUCUAAACCAAAUUUAGGAUACGAAAUUCAAUAAUCAUGUAAGCUUCCAGUUUAUGAAAGAAUUAUAUAAGCCUUAUGCAAUGUUGAGGAAAUUGACUGUCUCAUUGUGUGUACUAUUGUAAUAUUAUUAUUUAUGUUAGGGUAAGUUCGAUGAGUUUGAUCUCAAAUCUAAACUGGCUAAAGAGGUUAUAAAAUUGUACAUAUCAUUUCGUUUAAGUCUGUAGGUAGUGUAAAAAGCAUAUCAUUAAGGUAAUUUUAAGUUAAUGUUAGUGUAUAUUGAUUGUCUUGAGCCACAAAGCACUGCCAAAUACUCUUGGAGACAACGUAAUAUACAAUCGAGCGCAUAGACUGUUUUACAAUAAAAGCUCCCAAUAAUGUAACGAUUCUCGUCAAUCAUAUUCCAAUUUUAACAAGUGUUCUUUGCUCAUAGCUUUUUAUAAUGCACUUUUAUAUAUAGUGGGGUAGUUUACAGUUUGUUUUUUCUACUUACUGUAGGUCUGUAGACGAAUUCACAAUAAGUAUAAUAGCAUGAUAUUCAUAUGUACGUAAUAGCCAAUAAUGCUUCUUAAUUCAGUCAGUGUAGGAAAAAGUCUGGAAUCUUUAAGGGCUGGAAAGACCAGUGUUUUCGACAACUUUUUGAGCAACAACUAAGUGUUUUAUGUUUGUACUUAAUUCAUAAAUGUACAUUAUAAAGAAAUAUUGUUAAUUAUCAUAAUCCACUCAAAUGUGUGAGGACUAUUACACACUUGUAUGAUACAUGAUCUGUCCAUAUUUAGUGAUGUAGCUUUUUAUAAUGAUUUUAUACUGUAUUGUCCAUUUUUAUAUAAUUAUGCAUAAUCAUCUCUUGUGAUAUGUAUUCUAAAUUAAAAAAUAUAUACCAAA